AUGGAAAGAGUCGUACAGCAGACUGAUUACGAUGCGCUAUCGUGCAGAAUAUCCGCGAUCUAUAAAGGAUAUUUGCCCUCACCCUGUUACCAAUUGGCAAAAUGCGGGUAUAUGGGAUAUAAGGAGAUUCAUAUGGAUUAUAUAAAUGGGUUGAAGCAUGUAAGUCGUAGGAUCCAUGGUAAAGUAACCAGAACUCUGCAGUCUUCAUAUCCCGUGAUGAAUUAUGGUACCUAUUUGCGUACAGUUUCUAUUGAUUUGGAGCUGAAUGGAAUUUUAAGCAAGAUUGGCAAGGACCAAAGAGUGCAGAUCCUCGAUCUUGGAGGUGGUUCAGAUUUGAGAAUGGUUCCCCUCCUGCGUAAUUAUCCUAAUCUGAAGUUUGUCGAUGUUGACUAUAGUGAAUCUACCAAGGUCAAGAGUAAAGCUUUGUGGGAGACUCAGGGCCUAAGGGAAUUUUUAAAGCUACAGGAACCACAAGGUGAUCAAUUGGUUCGUUCUGAUAGGUACGAGCUAAUUUCUUGUGAUUUGAACGAUUUAAACCAGACGAGUGUGAAAUUGGACAAAGUUACAGAUGCUGAUGUCCCAACAAUAAUUAUUACAGAGUGCGUUUUAUGCUAUAUGACGCAAGAUGCAUCACAAAAACUAAUAGAAUACCUUAUAAACCAUUACAAAUCAGGCCAUUGGGUUUCUUACGAUCCGAUCGGUGGAUCUAGUGAAAACGACAGAUUUGGAACUAUAAUGCAAGCAAACUUGAGAGAUUCUAGAAAUUUGGAAAUGCCCACUUUAAUGAUUUUCAAUUCGAAAGAAAAAUAUGCAAAUAGAUUCGCACCAUUGCAAACUAGUAUUCAAGAUAUGUGGGAACUCUUCAACAAAAUUCCGCAAGAUGAAAUUAAAAGGUUAAAAUCAUUGCAAUUUUUAGAUGAAUUGGAGGAACUAAAAGUUAUGCAGACGCAUUACGUGUUUUGUAAAUCACAGUGGGGCAAUGUCUAA